AUGAUUGGAGCAAAGCUCAUUCUGCUUUCCCGAAAGUUAGAUGGAAACUUCUGGCUGCGGAGAUCUGGCGGCGGAGAUCGUGAUGAUAACUACAAUGGUGGAAACAGAGGGAGAGUAGAAAGAAGAAGAGGAGGAGGAAGAAGAAGCCAGCGACGGCAGAGACAGAGGAAGAGAAGAAAGAAGAAGAAGAAGAAGAAGAAGCCAGCAAUGGCGGCGGAAUUGACUCGUUGA